CCCACCUGCGAGAAUAACAAAGACAACAAGACGACUUACAAGGCCGAGAAUGGAGGCUCAUACACCAUCGAAUGCGGCGUUGACUACUGGGGCGGUGAUCUAUCGUCCGUGCAAACUUCUACAUUCGAAGCCUGCAUGGAAGCUUGCGAUGCUGCGACCGGCUGUGUCGAUGCUUCGUAUUCGUCCGGCACCUGCUACAUGAAGAAUGUCCUCAACACCGCCUCGACUGCGUCCUGGGUCUGGACUGGCCGCAAGCCGGUAACAGUUGAGCCGACUGAGACGCCG